CCCGACGCAGUGAUCGUGCGGUGAAGUUCAGCGAGGAGCACGCGUUCCUCGGACUGCCCAUGAAACUCCGCGGUCGCCGCGGUUUCUAAAGUAAGCGGAUAGACGCGGCUAGCGCGAUCUCGAGUAGCGAGAUCGGUGUAUAGAUCGACAGGUAGAUACGUAGACGGACGAUCGCAUAGACGCUUAGGAGACAUCGAUUAAGUUAGACGAGCGAGCCGAUCGUGGAGGAUCGACAGACCUGGGAUCGGAGGAGAUUGAACCAUCGUGCAACUUGAGAUUGGAAGAUCGAAGGUCUCGUGGAGUUUUCAUCUUGAGAGGAUCGAACGACCGGUUGCAGGGAACCUGGCGCUCGACGUCACAGGGGCGGAGCCAGUCGCUGCGAGAGAUCCAAUUGCGGGUCCGGAAACGACGCUACGCUCCUCGUCGCGCGCGCCUCGGCCAAUCAGGCGCGCGCCUUCGAAUCUGACCACUCAGGCGAGAGUGCCAGGUUCGCCGCAACGGGCGGUGCGUUUUUCUUGGGAUUGAAAGAGGAUCGGAGGACUGGCCUCCGGAUCUCGAAGGCAAGAUCGGAUAACUCUGCGUUGACUGCCGGAGCGAGAAGUGCGGAUUCAGUGAACGACUGUGUACGAGUGCAGGAACGAUUCGGUGAUUCUCUCCGCGAGGAACGUUGCGCGCAAGAACUGUACGCGAUUGUUGUGCUCGUGUAUGGACGUUCGUGGCGCGAGUGCGGGUAGAGCGCCGGAGGAACACGCUUCGUCCUCGAGGAUGCACGCGUUGCGAUGUCUCUACUUCCCGAAGUAUGUGAGGGAUAUAUGUCUGCAGCUGGGGAUCUGCGGCUGGGUGAAGAACAGCAAGACCGGCACGAUCCUGGGGAAAAUGCAAGGUCCGCGGCCGUUCGUCGAUCAGAUGACGCAAUGGCUAUCAAACGUAGGGAGUCCGGGUAGCGAGAUUCAUCACUGCGAUUUCACGAAUUGGGAAACUGUAAGCAGGCAACAGUACAAAGGAUUCGCCAUACGUUUCUAAUUGCGCGGAGACUAAACGUCACUAAAAUUAUAUUAGCAGCUGCAGAAGUGAAAUUAUAAUAACAUAUUUCCGGUCUUUAAAGAUGUCUUUUUAUGUAACGAUGCUCUCAGUUGGAGCACGGGACCGUUCAUGGAAUUCUGAAAAGAAUUUACAAUUGUAUUUCAAUCAGGAGAAAGAAAUUUUGCAACAAACUUAACUUCAGAUGUUUCGUGUCGAUGUAAAUAAUACAUGAAACUAAUAUUCUUGGUAGUGUGUACUUUAAGAUAUAAGCAUCGAGAACAGAAAACAUUCAAAUGUGUACAUAUGUAUGUUGAAACUAUGUUAAUAUUAACACCUAUGAGACACUCAUAAAAUAAGCAAUAUAAUUAUCAUUGUAUUAUCAAAUAUAACGAUCUUGAGAAAAAAAGUAUUACCGGUGUGUGGUCAAUUGAAACCAGAUUCAAAGCAAAAACAAAUUUAUUGAACAUAUUUCUCGCUACAAGAUAAAUUUAAAUCAUAUAUCGUUUAAACAUCAUGUCGUAUUCUCAUAGACGGUCGUUGCAUCUAACAUCAAUUGCACAAGAUGAUAAUCAGGAUGCAUUUCGGAUAAAUGCCUAGAAACUCGUCGUAUUAAUUCGAUAGUUUUGUCAAUUGAACAAUUUGUACAAAUCACUUCUGGCGCGUUCUGAAAUAAAUUAAUUAUGUUUACAAUUAUACAUAUAUAUAUAUAUAUAUAUAUGACAUGAAUUCUAUAUCAAAUAAUAUAUACCAGACUCUCUAGGUAUUUGGAGAGUGUAGGACUUAUACGAGAAACUUCUCUCAGGAGAUUAGGCGUUUUCGAAAGGUACGCCAUCAUCCUCCUACCUGCGAUCGGUAAGAGAUUUACCGAUAAUUUCUCCACGUCGUUUACUGCUGCAACAACCUAUUAAAAAAUACCAACUAUUAACACCUCUUAUCGUUUAAUCCUACAUUACUACGCGAGAUAUUUAUCGUUUAUAAUUUAAUUAUAAUUAAUUAAUUAAUUAAACACUUCUUAGUCAAUUUAAACUAUAUUCACAUUACUGAAAAGAGCCAAGAAAUAAAUCCAGUCAUCAAAAU